AUGACAAAUGUGAUUGUUCAGAUUGGUGCUCUGGAGACCGUUUUGCAGUCUGUCCUUGAAGCAAAACCUGGUCCAGAGUCAGCUGAAGAAGUCAAAGAAUUAGAGCAAAAGUCACAGUGUGUGGAAUCAGAAGAAACAGAGCAGUCUAAAGUACCUGAAUACUACAGCCGAUUCAAGGAGCUGUACUCUAAGCUGCAUUCACUUGGCAAGGUUGAAUCUGAAAGCCUGUUAACCCUGACCACCCAACUUGUCCAGGAAAGCCUGCCAGCAUGUGAAGUGGAAGACAUUGCAAAACAUGAGCAGAAGCUAAAGGAGUGGGAACAAGAACAAGCACUUCUCAUUGAGCGAGAGAGAGAGAUGAGAGAAAAGGCUAAGCAGGAAAUGGAAGCUAGGAAGGUGGCUAAAGCAUCUGCUUAGUACUGGAACUCAGGCUACCAUAGCGGUAUGCAUUCCUCUGUCAGUGAACUGACGUGCUCACCGUUAUUCAUAUUUCACAUCAAUCCUGCUGCAAGUGUGACUGUAUGUGACUGCUACGUGCAAAUAAAACUUUUCCCGUUUUGCCUG